AUGACAAGCAAUGCGCUGGCUCAGCCCUCGACAGCUUCCACUGAUGAAAUCACUGAAGAGCGCGGCCUGGAACUAUUGCGGUACUACCGCUACCACGUAGCACCAUGGCUCGACAUGCUUGACCUGGACCACCAUCUCGGUCUGUAUCUCCCUACCGUUGGCGCCGAGUCCCCAUCCGCCAUCUACGCAUUGUAUGCCCUCUCGGCCCGCCACAGAGAACUUGCUUGCGGCGUACCGGACAUGGCACAAUUCGAGAGUGAGAGGUUUUACAACAUGUCCAAAUGGGGGACCAAAGCCAUGUAUGCUACAGAUGCAUCGGAUGCGCUGGAGGCUCGGAUGAUCAGGCUUAUUGUAGACUUGAUAUCCACCCCUUUCAGCAGCUGGACACCAAUACUGGGGCAAACUGUCAACUCUUCGACACCGCUUCACGCAUACGCGCACAAACCCGGCCUAGCAGCAUCGUUAUUCUGGUGUAUCUUCCGGUUCGAUUUGGCUGCCGCUCUGGUCAAUGAGACUCACAUGACUACAGAUCUGGAUACCUUGAUCACGCUUGACAGGCUGCCGGAUGGUGUGCUUGGCGUCUUUGAGAACGUUGGGUUUGACGAUAACGUUGAUCCCGCGUGCGUUGACCGCAAUGCCAGUUUCGAGAACUGGGAUCUUUGCAUGAUUGCCUGCGUCCUCCGUGCGGCGCGGAAAAUGACGCACCGAGACCAGCAGGCAGCUGUUCUGGCGACACUGAGGCUCGCCAGGGAAACAACAGGCUGGAAAAUUGAUGGAGACAUGCAGAAUUUGCAAGAAUUCUGGCGUCUUGCGGAGCACUCGUGA